GUGGAGAGCAGGCGAACUCAUCCGCAGCGUCCCGCCAGAAGUCCUGCCUCAGCUGAGGGCCAAGGUUGCUGCCAUGGAGUUGCUGAAGGGCCACAGAGCGGAUAUUGGCCUGCAGAGAGCCUGGGAGGGGAAUUACCUCGCCCUGAAACCAGAUAACCCGCAGACCACCGGCUCUUUCCUCCGUGUUGCCAACGAGCUGAAGCGGAAAGACAAGUACAUGAAGGUUCUCUUCUCCUGCCACGUCCGCAAGGUCAAUCGCUUUAACAAGGUGGAGGACAGAGCGAUCUUCAUCACCGAUCGGCACCUUUACAAGAUGGACCCUAUGAAACAGUACAAAGUGAUGAAGACCAUCCCCCUCUAUAAUUUGGUAGGGUUGAGCGUCUCCAACGGAAAGGACCAGCUCGUGGUGUUCCACACGAAGGACAACAAGGAUCUCAUCGUCUGUCUCUUCAGUAAAGAGCCCUCCAACGACAGCCGGAUCGGAGAGCUGGUGGGAGUCCUGGCAAGUCACUUCAAGAG